UUCUCAUUACCCACCAGCUCAGUGUAGUGCCACGCCGUACUUUUGUGUCUUCGCUUGACCAGCAUUUACUCCUAAAAAUUAAUUUGGGGAUUAAAUCUACAAUUUUCUGUUUUUUAAAGACUUGUAAUCUUCUGACGUACCGCUGGCGGAUUGUACCUUAACAAAGAGCUAGAAUAUCUGGCGUUUUACUAGGCGGUGAAUUUGUGUUCGAUUAAUUUCGGGAAGUACUAAUCGUGAUUUUUGUUUUAAAACAUUGUCUUCAUAUUAAAAUCGGCGUUAAACUGGAAUUUUAGCAAAACAUAUUUCGUGUCCUAUCCUAAUUUAGUAGUUGGGUUCCAAGAUGGCGAAAACGCGACGCGGAAACCACUCGAAAGAGGUACUAACUUCUAACGAUUAUAAUCAGCAGAAGGUCAAAUCUGCUGAUGAAGCGGUUCUUGAAUUUGGCUGUGAAAAGCUCCAGGAAAGGGUUAGAACCAAGAAAGUGACUUGGAGUGAUGAAAACAUUCAAAAUAUGAGUGUUGGCGAAAUCGACCGUGCUAUUAUUUGUGUUCAGGAGAGAGUGAUGAUUAAGUAUUCGAAGGAAGAUCUUUUGGAGAUUGGCAAGAGUCCACUGUCCAAAGCAAAGCCGGACUUUUUGGAUCCAAACGAAGUCUGUGUUUCUAUCCUUGAUCCUGACAAAUGGAAUCUAGAAAGAAAGAAAUCAGAUACUCCGGACACUGGAUCUAAAAGUAAUGAAAAUGGCGAAACAAGGAGACGUUCGGGAGAUCCACGAGAACGCAUUCGUAAAGAAAAUGAUGGGAUUGUGCUUAGUCCACAGAGAAGGAGCUUCAACUCUGGUUGCUUUGUUCCUGCCAAUAAAGAACCUUUGGGUGGGAAAACCGAGCCACCAUCUCAUCUUAUAGGUGUGCGAGAUAUACCUUCUACUACUAGGCGUAUUGGUAGUGGUCGUAUAAUGAGAGAUUGGCCUGAGAAUGAAAAAGACUUGAGUGAACCGGAUUUCAACUUUACAAGAGGCGCUUCACAUUCCCGAAACAACGAACGGGAAGACAAGUUUGGCGAUCGAGGAAUGCGAGAAGAGAAUAAGUUUGGAGAACGUAGAUCUUUUGGAAGGGGAGAAAUGGACAACAGCAAAGAUAAGGAAGGUAGAAGAAAUACUCGAUACAGCGAGAGCAGACGUAGAUAUGCGGACAAAGAGGACGAGCCUGAAUGGUUUUCUUCUGGGCCAAUAUCCCAAAAUGAUACAAUCGAAUUGAGAGGUUUCGAUGAGUCUGAAAAACUUGGCAAAAAGAAACAACCUAGUCGCUUAAAGCGAGCUAAAGAAUGGUCUAAGAAGAAAGAGUCUACUAUUGUUGAGGACAAGGAGAAAAUCGACCCCAAGGAAAGAUCUACACCUAACCACAUUGAGACUACAUCAAAAGAACUGAAAGAGAACGGCGAAGAGCCGAAAAGGCAACCUACCUCGCAACCAUCUCAAAAGCACGCUGAUUCGAAGCAACAGUCAUCUCAGGCUGACCAUUCCUUUGACUUUGAUGAAUUUUUGAAGGGAGAAAACAUUCCAGAAUUAUUGACGAAUGGAGAAGUCAACGAAACAGACAAAACAACGUCAAGAUUUUCCCGCUGGUUCAAAAAGGAAAGCCCUAACAAGGAACUGGGGGGAGAAGCUAGCAGAAAAUCGUCUAUUCAGGAAGACAAUCAUAUCAUCAAAGAUCUUCUUAAAGAUAUUAACGAAUCUAGUUCGAUUCCAAUGUCGGUUCGCACACCGAUGGAUUCCAAUAUCUAUUUUACCCCCAUUUCACCGGCUGGUAAUUCUCUGGGAGCAUUGGAAAACAUGAUCGGUGAUAAGUCUCGAUCGGCUGGUAAUGUGGGACAAUCCAUCAAUAUUAUGGACAUAUUGGCUAGAAGCAGGCAACAAUCUCAACAGCCGGAAGGAUGGAGCAACAAAAAUCAAGCUCCAUCUAUGGGUAGCGGGAAAAUCCUAAGCUUGGACGAACUUGAAUCCAAGAUAAGACCAAAUUCUGAACAUUCCGUAAAUGUACAACAAAAGCAGCCCCCACAGAAGCCCGAUGAAGAAAUGACUGCCAAUUUUAAAAGAUUGCUGCAACAGGCCGGUGCUCACCCCGGAUCACAAAAUGGACCUAUGAAUAAACCCCCUCCUAUGAGUCUUCUUGAGAUGCUAAGUCAUUCGCAGCAACAAGAUGAAGCUCGUAUGGCUGCGGCUCAAGCAGCAGCUGCAAAUCAUCACCUUUUAAGCGCGUUCCACUCUCACCAGCCUCAAGUUCAUAAUGACUUGGCAUUAAAAUUGCAACAAGCACAACUGCAACAGAAGCAAAUGGAAAUGCUUGUAUCAGGAAAGCUGAUGUCAGCAGGAACUGCUCCUACAGCUGCUCAUAUGCGCGCCAGUCCUCUGUUGGAAAUAAGUGCUCAACAAAGCAGGGAAUUGCUUAGCAGACCAGAAGCACAGGCUAUCUUGCAAGGCCUGAAACGCGGGGAAAUUACCAUUCAACAUCUAUAUCAGCAAAUUGCUAAUCCCGCUCUCCAACCAAGACAUCGCGAUAUGCUAGUUACUAUUUUGACACUACACGGUAACUCGGCCAGUUAUGGACCGAGUCCACGUGUUUUAAGUCCGGCUCCGGUACCUCAUCAUUUGUAUGCUCCUCAACAACCCGGACAAAUGCAGCAGCAACAGUUGAGAGUGUCUCCAUUACAGCCGAAUGCUUACUGUGUUUCCCCUAUAAUGGCCACUAGUCCUAACCAUCUGGCUGUCCCUGCUAUUCAUCAACGCAUUCCAUCGCCUCGAGAACUUCAACUGCACACUCAGAACAUCUUGCACAGGGCAUUGAUUAAAAAGAAGUUGGAAGAGCAGACCGAAAAUUUCCGCAAGAAACAAGAGUUACAACGUGGCGCUAGCCCAAAUUCCAGAAACAUUCAAAGUGGAAAAGGAGUUUCCUCACCCACUCCACUAGCCUUUACGCCUACUUCAGUUUUGAGAAAGAUGACUGCUGAUAAGGAUGAAGGAAAAGAGAAUAAAGCUGUUACCGACAACGUGAAACCGCAGGGUCGUGCGGUUACUGGCAUGCGCCAGCAACCACAAGUUACUGUCAAUAAUCAGCAAUGGAAUCAGGCGUUUCCGAUGAAGCAAGCUGGUCGUCCGAUAGUGAAAGCAAACAACUAUCAGUCCCAGACACCUGAUCAGUUUUUCGCUCAGCUGGCCGCACAGCAGCAACCUUUGCCCCAACAGCGCACUUAUCAGGCUGUCUCAAAUGCAGCUCAUCGCAAGCCGAUUAUUGGACAACAAUAUUCAGUGCAAGGUUCUCAAUACGGUCAAUCUCAGCCUCAAUAUUCCCAUCCCAAUAAUCCUCAAACCUUUCAACAGCCAACCGCUCAGCAGUUAAGAGCACAACAUCAACACAGGCCCAGCAACCCGGUUACGCAGCAGCCCGCCAAUGUGCAGGGCCAGCAAAAUCAGACGUCCCAAAAUCAGCCUAAUUCCCAAUCAGCAACAUCUCAGAAGCAACACGGAAACCCACAACCAAUAGGGUACCCUGCGGCUCAACAAGGGACUGCAGCCUGGCAACAGUUCCUAAAUUCGACGGCUCAACCACAAAACACCCGCCCAUCGACUACUUCUACCGGUCUGUCUCCAUCUACAACUGAUCAGCUAACUCGUUGGUUCUCUCCCGAUCUGCUGGAGCGUGCUCGUGGUGGUGAGCUGCCCAGUACUGCUAAUUUAGCCCGUUUGGAGGAAAUCGAGCGCCAGGCAGCACCCACAGUGCACAACUAAAUUGAAUCUUAACAGAAGUUGAAAGUUAACAGAAGAAAGCCGGUAUGUAGAUUCAGUAAACCAACAACACACAUGCGGGGUAAUCGUCUCAUCUCCAAAAAGAAAUGCGGUAGGUAAUUUUGUCAAUUUUUCUAUUAACUAUAUUCUAAAAAGUAAUAAAACAUGUUGAAAUUUUCCAUUCAACCAAACAGAUGCUGCGAAACAUUUUGUAAAUAUGCUGUGUGAAAUUUAUUUCAAAUGUGAUAGAAUGUUAAAUGUUGGCUGAGUGGAAAUGUUUCUUUAGAAGAAAAUAGUUUAAAAA